AUGUUGUCAACACAUAGACUGGCAGUCACCAAAUCCACCUUGCAGCAAACAAUAAACCAAAGUAAAACAGGUGUAGAAAUUGCUUGGUUGCAUGCUAAAGAAAGUAGUUCGCGACUAGUUUUACGUUGCUGGUUCUCCUCGGAGAAUAAAAGCUCCAUAGAAAAAAAUGGGGAUAAGACUCGAUCGGAAGGAAACGCAUUAGCAACUCAAGAAAACAUACUUCGCAAUAAGCUGUCUGCUACACUCUCAAACAUACAAGCAAUACGUGAGAAGCAGUUACUCAAUAUACAAAAAGGACAAGAAACAAUAAAAAAAGCUUUAAACGAAGGCUCGGGAUAUGACGAUAUUGAACGCAUAAAAGAGAAAGUAAUUCAGCAAGAACAUAAACUUCGAGAGGCACGCCAACAACUGUCAAUCUCAAGAAAUGCAUAUGAACAAGCUAUUGCAGCCCAAUCCAAAAUACAACGCGAGGUCAAUGACCUUCUUCAACGCAAAAACCAGUGGACCAAUGACGAUUUCUUACGUAUAACCCAAUUAUUACGUGAUGAACAAACCAUUGAACAAAAAGUGAUCGCGACGCGCGAGGAUUGCCAUCGCUACGACAAACAAGUCGAGCGUGAGUUUACCGAACUUAUUCAAGUCAUGAUGAUGAGAUAUCAUGACGAGCAUAUUUGGAGUGACAAAAUUCGGAAUUGGUCAACAUAUGGCACUUUUGCUUUGAUGGCGUCGAAUGUAGCAUUGCUUAUCUGGGUUCAAACAGUGAUUGAACCGAGAAAGAGGCGGAUAUUGGUGGAUAGGAUUAAAGUAGAGACCGAUUUAUUAAAGGAGGAAUUAGCAAAAGCUGUGACGUUAUUAAUGAAAGAGGAUGAAAUCAAGGGACUGAGUAUUAAUGAUGAGGACGUUGAAGGAGAAGAUCAGUUUAUCGUUCAGCCGGAAACGAAGAUAUCAAACUCCGCCGUAUAUGAUGUGACAUUUUGGAAAGGAGUUGUAAUGGGCGGGGCUGUGGUUGGCAGUGCCGUUUUGGGUGUUUUUGUCGCUGUCCUAGCAGCAAAUUUUAAAAAAUGA